UACCAUUGAACAUGCCCUAAUACAGUUUUCCUUUUAUCCAUUAUUACAAGCACAGUCUGUGGGCUGAUACUUAACCCAACCAAAAGAUCACGUAGCUCACAGGGGUAAUAUACAUCCAUCCACGAAAUUACAAAAUGUUCUUUUUACAGAUCUAGCUAUGAAAUUUCCUGCUGUAAUUGAGUAAUAUUACUGUUGGUUGGCUGUUAAUAGCUUUGCUUAUUAAAGGCGUGCGUGCUGUGGGUUGCACCUGCCGCCGCCAUAGCUCGUAACGCGAACUCGUUCGUUCAGUUGCAAACCACUCUUCACCAAGCAGUGUACCCACAAGCAAGCUAGCACACUCCACCACCAUGUCCAGCAGCAAGCCAUCGCCGCAGCAGCAUCAGCAGCAGCGGGCAAACGAGUGGUGGAGCGACGGCGAGACGGCGGCGCUCAUCGACGCGUGGGGCCCGCCGCACGUCGCCCGCAGCCGCGGGCCCCUCCCCGCCAAGGAUUGGCGCGCCGCGGCCAGCGCCGUGAACGCGCGCCGCGCCGCCGCCGGCCGCCGCCACAACCGCACCCGCGCGCAGUGCAGGGCCCGCGUCCAGACGCUCAAGGAGCGGUACAAGAGGGAGCUCGCCAAGCCGCCGCCGUCGGGGUGGCGCCACUUCUCCCGCCUCCAGGAAUUCCUCCUGGCCGGCCCGCCCCCCGGCUUCCCGCCCAAGACGAUGCCGCCCGCCUCCGUCAAGAAGGAGGAGGAGGAGGAAUGCCAGGACGAGGCGGUCGGCGGCGGCGGCGGCAGCGGCGGGUUGCUGGGCCGCUGGGUUGUCCCGACGAGGCCGAGGAACGGGGCCGCGGCGUGGUGCCCGGUGGGGGUGGUGGUGACGAAGCUGGCGGAGGUGUACGAGCGCGUGGAGUUGGCGAGGCUGGAAGUGGAGAAGGAGAAGGUGGCGAUGGAGAUGGAGAAGGCCAUGCAGGAAGCCGUUAAGCUGAAGGAGGAGAAGCUGGACACCUGAAUACGUACGGGAUGGAUGUUGUUGCUCGAGCAAUGCUGUCAGUGAUUACUGAACGUAGGCGAAGAACACAGUACUAGUGGUUUAGGAUCAACAUGUACGGAUGUACCGCCCACGUAGUUUUAGACGCGCCAGGAGGUUUGCGUUGAUUUAUGUAUGUACUUGUACUUUGUACCGUCACUUUAAACCCAAAUUCACCCCACAAAAGAAAUACUCUACCUACCGUGUCAAUCGUCUCCAC